CAGCACACUACCAGAUACUUUCGAACAGGCUGAAGAUAUUGGACGCAAACAAAAAACGUAACAGUGAACUGACUACAAUUAGAUAUAGAGUUGCACCCACACGUUGCUGGCGUAAAUAAAGGAAUGGAGGAAUCACAGAGGGAUCAAAAACCAGAGGCAGAUGAAGCCCCAACAGAAGAGAAAAAGAAAGGAGUGGAACUAGAUACAAUUCUCAUCAAAGAGCUCGGGCAAUUUGGGAAAUAUCAGCUACGGACUUUCUUGUUGUCAUCUAUAUUGGUCCUCUUUAUUGCAUUUAGCUCUGUGGAAUAUAUUUUCACAACAGCUCGAAUUGCUACCAGGUGCUUAAUCACGGAGUGUGAAGAAGAAUCAACAGAGUUCUCCCCAUACUGGUUGGCAAACGCUGUGCCGCUUGGAGCAAGUGAAGGUUCCUAUGACAAUUGUCAGAGAUUUGGCAACUUGACGGCAUUGUCGAGACUGAUUGAGAGUGACACCUGUCCCAGCGCACUCUUCGAUCGCAACACGAGAAUUCCUUGCGAUGAGUUCGUGUACCAAAACACCCACUCUGUCGUGUAUGAUUUUGGACUGGCCUGUGAUGAGUGGCGACGGACGCUGAUCGGCACGAUGCGCACCCUGGGUACUCUCACCGCGCUGCCGGUCGCUGGGUUCAUAUCGGAUCGAUGGGGUAGACGAGUUGCCCUUACCAUUACUGCAUUCAAUACGGCAUGGAUUGGAGUCACACGAUAUUGGGCAAACACCUACAUCGGCUUCAUACUGUCUCAGUUUUUUGAGUCUACUUUCGGAUCUGGUGGAUUUUCCUGCGUUUAUAUUUUGAUGUUAGAGUUGGUCGGUCCCAAAUACCGCGUGGCUGUUGGAGCUGCAAUGAACACAUGCUUUGCAAUCGGACAAGUGUUGAUGGGAUUUAUUGCCUGGGGCGUUCCCAAUUGGAGGAAACUCACGCUUACACUCUACAUUCCGCAGUUAAUCACUAUCUCCUACUACUGGCUCAUCAGUGAAUCUGUGCGCUGGUACAUGAGUAAGGGCCGUUUCGACGAAUCAGAGGCUCUUCUUAGAAAAGUGGCCAAGGUCAAUGGGAAACAAAUAUCUGAGAAAUCCUUGGAAGCGUUACGUCAUACAGCAGAGGAGAAGUUGAGAAUUAGUGCUGAAGAAGCAGCAAAACAAGGUGGUGGGACCUGGUUAGUGGUACAAGUUUUUAGACAUAAGAGAAUACUUCUUCGUGUACUUGUAUCCCCCGUAUGGUGGAUUACGACCACGUUUAUUUACUAUGGGCUAUCACUCAAUGCUGUGAAUAUGUCUGGCAACAGAUACUUGAACUUUGUGGCUGUGUCAGCAGUUGAGAUACCUGGAUUUUGGAUUUCAUACUUUCUUAUGGACAGAAUUGGAAGAAAGCCUGUGUUGACUGGCGCUUUUUGGUUAUGUGCUGCUUGUCAGAUUGCAUACAUAUUUAUUCCACAAGAUUUAUAUGCAGCAUCACUCACAGUAUACCUUAUUGCAAAGUGCUCAAUAGCAAUCGUUGCGACGUCAGUAUAUGUUUAUACUGCUGAGCUUUACCCUACGAAACAUAGACACAGCUUGUUUGCUUUCUCUUCAAUGAUGGGAAGAAUCGGGUCCAUAAUUGCACCCUUAACACCUGCUUUUGGUGCCCAAUGGUUCGAAGAACUGCCGUUUGUGUUAUUUGCCUCCUUCGCUUUGGUAUCUGGAAUCCUAAUCUUUUUAACACCAGAGACACUAGGCACUACGCUACCAGAUACUCUAGAGCAGGCUGAAGACAUUGGACGUCAAGAAACCAGAACGUAACGAAUAAUAAAUUAGCUAUAAUAUGUAAAAAUGUGUCAAAAAUCUCGGAUGCAUCAUAGCAGUAAGAAUAAAAUAAAAAUACUCAUUAGUCUGGAAGUUACUUCAUACUAUGACUAACCUCUUUAGCCAAAUAUUAUUAAGUACAUUUGACGUGAAUAUGCUGCAAUAGUAGUUAGGCUUUGUAAGCGCCUCAACGUAUGCUGGCACCUAACGAACCUAGCUUCCAUCUGAAUUGAUUGCCUAACGACGUGUAUCAUUUUGUGAGCGCCAUAGAUGUAGGCUAUGUAUGGGUACGAACUGAAGAGCCUUUCCUGUAAAGGUAUGCUUUGUACAGGUGUUUGUAGGUACGAAUGUUUUGUGGUUUAAUGUUAUAUUAUGGGGAUUUUAUGAGAUAAAAUGAAAUGAAAAAUUUUAAGUAACAGCACAGGAACUGCGAAUAUUCCCGAUACAUAGCGAUAAACUUCUACCUGUAUUAGUUACUAAUUUUCUACGAAUCUAUAGACAUACACAAAUAAUAGGAACCACUUAAACCUCGAGAUAUCCUUCCGAGGAAAUAGAAGUCCAGAUUCAAAUAAAAGUUGAUCAACAAAAUGUAACAAAUACAUAACAUCACGCCUUUUAUCCUCGAAGGGGUAGGCAGAGGUGCACAUUAUA